AUGCGUGCUGUUCCACUUCUGGCUGGGAGCUUCCUAGCCCUCUCUGUGGAUGCUUUUCCAUCUUUCAUGGUUGGCAGGGAUCCUAGCAAGUAUGAGGGAACCCUCCUGACGGUGAAGGCAAAGCGGAAUAUUACCCACCCUGACAAGUCUUGCAAAGAUCAUAGUCCUAAGACGUGGCAAGACCUCGACGUGGAUAAAUGGUUGAGCCAAUACGCUGAUGGCUGGUUCCUUCCCGAAGACCCUGACCCACAAUACAAAGGAAAGAGCUUUCCUCAAGUCGUUAUGGAGCAGAUCGGCGGCUUUGACCCGUUUAGAUGCAACUUGAUGUACUCAUGUGACUUCGAUUACGACAAUACCCAAGUUGGAUGCGAUACGGGUGAGGGAACUAGUUGUGGCCCAAUGGAUGCACUUUGGAUGUUCACCCUAUACGGAUUAAGCAACUUCCGCAAUUAUAUUUUUACUCUGCAGGAUCAAUUCCAAUCAACAGCUACAAAAGUUAUUGGUGAUGAUAUUGAUGGAAUGGUCACCGACUUUAGCUCUGACCCAACUGCCGAUGAUGGCAAGAAACUGGCAAGCGAGGGACUAGUCAUUAUGGCUGCAAUCCUCGGAGGCCUUUCCGCUCUCCUGAGUGGCGGUGAGACACUUAUUGGAGAAGCUGCCGCGCUAGGUACUUCCGUUGGUACAGGUGUUUCAGGCGGUAUCGCUGGUGUUACUAAUGGAAUAUUGUCUAACACUGAGGCAGCAGCUGUUGAUGAGGGAUUAGUACAUGACGAAAGAGGUGGCAUCAUCAAGCAGAAAAUGAAUAACGCCACUGGAGCAUUAGUCGAAUCUAUUAAGCAGUAUGGGUACAAAAUCUUGGAAGAUUAUCCUGAUUUGUCCUCAGUCGAAGGUGACGGGAAUGACAUGUACUCUGCUCAAUCGUGGAGUGGACCCUAUGUUCUCAAAGGUGGCUCGUUUGCGCAGUCAAAUGACAAAAUUUUUGAUGACUAUGAUCUAGCACUGAAGAACUCUAUCCACAGUGGCGUCAUUUCCUGGCUAUGGGGUCUUGAGCAUGUUUUCAUCGUAUCUGCAUCAAAACAGAUCAAUGGAAAGAACCCCUGUGAUCUUGAUUUUGGAUCAGAGGAUGACUCUGAUAAAUUGGGCAAGGACAUGUUUAUCAGUGCAUGCGAUGAGGACUCAGGCACGAUGUACUGGUUUCUUAAAGAAGGAAGCAUCGCUGCUGUGGCAUCGCAAGAUGAGGGUGGAUUCCGGGCCAAUCGAACCAUGGGUCAAGCCAAGGACUUCCUAAGGGGCGAUAAGAAGCCUCCGUUGAAUCUUAUUAUGAACGUCCCUGUCUGUAGUUUAGACUACCUGGAAGACUACUGGCCCUCCGAAGGCGAUGUCCUAGAUGCCGAGUCUGGAUCGACAUCCCCUAAGGGUGAUCUUACAGACAGUUACUGGGUUCGCUGGACCAUACACGAAGCCUGUUCGAAAUUUUAUGUCAAUGGCGAGGCCUUCCCAUACGAUGUUUGA